AUGGCAUUAAGAUUACGAAGGUUUAGCCAAGGCUUAGUUCAGGACCCCACUACUCGUCGUAUUUGGUUUGCUAUUGCUACUGCGCAUGACUUCGAGAGUCAUGAUGAUAUUACGGAGGAACGUCUUUAUCAGAAUAUUUUUGCUUCUCACUUCGGACAAUUAGCAAUAAUUUUUCUAUGGACUUCUGGAAAUCUCUUUCAUGUAGCUUGGCAAGGAAAUUUUGAAGCAUGGGUACAAGACCCUUUACACGUAAGACCUAUUACUCAUGCAGUUUGGGAUCCUCAUUUUGGUCAACCGGCUGUGUAA